AUGUCAUCUUGUUAUAAUCUUAAUAAAUUAGUUUAUAUUGAACCUUCUUUAUAUUCAAAAGAAGGUGCAGUUAUAGAAACAUUAACAGUCGAUACCACCAUAAAACAAAGGAGCAAAUAUGAUAAUAUUAAAAUGAUAUUGUCAGAAUUUAAAAAAAUUUUAGAAACUCAAAUAGAAGAGGAUGGUAAUCAUACAGAUAUUAAUAAUCAUUUGUUCAUCCAAUCAAAUAAUACGGAAUCUGUUGAUAUUUUAAAAACAAUAUUAUCAAAUGAAGAAGAAACUUUAAACACCAUUACCACAAAUAAUAAUAAUUAUAAUAAAUUUAAAGAACUAUUAUUAAAUAAUAAAUUAAUAAAAGAAAUAAUAAAUAACUUUAAUAAUAAUAAUAAUUAUAAUAAUGAUACCGUUUAUUUUAAAGAUAUUCAGUUAUUUAUUACCGAAAACCCAAUAAACUUAAAUUGGUAUUUAUUCACCAAAAACAAUUUACCCAGCUUUUUAAAUCAGCUUGGCAAUAACCAUUCAAUAAUUACAUCAACAAUGGUAUUAUGUAAAAGCAAUCAGUUCAAUAAAGUAUUCAUUAAUCACCAAGUUGGUUCAGCUGAUAACAUUGAAACAAUUGAAAAUAAGGAUUGGGAUCAGUCCUCAAAUAAAAGUGUAUUAGAAAUGAUUGAUAUGCUUAGAAAUCAUUUAUAUCAAGGCACAUUCGAAAUCCAUGUGUCAAUUCAGCAACCGCCGCAAAAACAUCAACCAACAGAUGAACCGAAAGAAAAAGAUGAUGAAUUUGUAAAGAGUUUUAAAGAAUUUUGUGUUAAAAGAAAAUUAAAAUCAAUUUUAAUAGAGUUAUCAAAGGGUGUUUAUGGUAAACAAAUGAUGACCUCAUCCCAUCAUUCUGGUGAUUUCCAUACAGUUCAACUAAAAGCUUUUCAAAUCGCAUUCGAAUUGUUAUUAGAAGGUUACCAUGUCUCAAGAGUUAAAAUUGAAAUUUUGGCAUCAUGCAAAGGUGUACCGGAAAAUGAUAUCAAACACAAACUAUUAUCACCAUCAAAUUAUUUUGAAUUUCACAUUAAACUGUUAAUUCCAAACGAUAAAGAUAUUAAUCAUAAUAAUAAUAAUAAUAAUAUUAACGAUAAUAACCCAACUAUCGAAGGUAAUAAUAAUCUCAAAUUAUUAAAAGAAUUAAUGAUAAAUCAUAAUGGUCACUUAUCAAGAAACUCCUUUAAGGUUCAUGUUGAAGAAUCUUAUCAAGAAAGAUUUGUAACCUUAAGAAUGUAUUCAAUUGGUAAAGAAACUGCAAUGGAUAGAUUUGAAUCUUGUAAAAACGAUUUAGUAUUAAACAAAUUUAAUAUCGCCUCUUCACAUAGAGAAUAUUCAAUCUACGAUUCAAAUAUAGGCUUAGAUUCUGGUUGGAUCGAAUAA